AUGGAAGAGCCUCCGCAUAAGCGCAAGAGAAGCGUUUCUGAUGAUGAGGGAUAUGAGCCCUCGUUGGCAGCAUCUUCUGAGUUACCUGGAAGACCAUUACCAGAAGUGCCUUCAGGGGCGUAUCAACAAUCAGAUUCGUGGACCAAGAGGCCUAGACGGGCCUUGUUACCACGGGAGGUUGAGUUGGCCAAAAAUAUCUGCGCCGAGAUUGGAAAAAUAGGCGAAUAUCCUCAACAGCUGUCGCUCGACCUGGAGAACGUGUCCAAUUCGAUUGCUCAGGAGAUUGACACGGAUGAUUUUUUGCGCAACUCGCUGCUGGAAUUCUUACUGGCAUUGACCGUUGAACAGCCCCAAAAAGUGUUCAUUGUUGGUGCACUCGUCCAGCUGACGAAUUUUAAAAACCCGAAGGCCGGUCAGUAUGUUUUGGAGUACUUGCAUUCACAGGUUCAGAGCCUUUUUGAACACAUUAAAGUUGCUAGCGACGACGUGUUGGAAUCGAGCGAGUGCGGCGUGAUUACCAGGCUCAAGCUUAUUUUGCGUCUGGUGGCUGUACUGAGCCCAAUGAUGGUCUCUGAUGAUCCAAUCACGAAGACCUACGAGCAAUUGCUGGAGCUGGCCGUCGAGAUACAAGAAAAGUCAGCCCAGCGUGUUGCCGUGGCUCAGCUGCUGUAUUUCAACGUGCUAGUAUCUGUUCCAUAUCACUUUGCGGUGCAGAAAGAUGAGGGCUUUUGGGACCGUGUACUUGAAAUCGCACGCAAAUUCAAACUUGUGGAUGUUUCUGAGGAGAGCCAGACGACCUACAGACAUUUCAAGUCUCCUAACAGACCAUACGAGGCCAAGGAGCCUGUGAAACUGAUUCUUCCUGCACUGGAAGCGGUCGACAAAGAGCUUCCAUUUUUGGUCGACCUACACCAAAUAAUCAAGUCUCACGAGCCGGAGGACGUUGAGAGACACCAGUUCCAGCAAUUUAACAUUCCAUCCAGUGAGUAUUGGGCUUCGUACGAUUUACAGGGCAAUAUCGAUUCUCUUUGGAAGUAUCCGCGCUAUGUCUUGGAAUGCUUCUUGCCUUCGGUCACUGGUUUCGAUACGGUUCCUCCGGUCGACUCCUACCUCUCUAUAAUUUUAAGGGACGUGACUCAGGACAUUGUUCAGAACAUGGAGUUCAACCGUGUUACUGUUUCGAGACAAAUUCUGUCAUUGAAUGUGUUUUUCAACGAGAAACUGUUCUCUAAACCUAACUCUUCAAUCGACAAACUCACGAUCCUCAAUAAUCUCAACUCGGGUGUGGAUUUAAUUAGCAGCUUGGAAAAUAACGAGGAACUCGAUCCACAAAUCAAAGCUUCCAUGAUUCAAUCUGCAACCUAUGUCCAGCAGGAAUUUGAUCAGGGCUACACGUCGACGUGGAAGAUGGAGCAGGUGGUCACCGAAGCCGUGCUAGACCUUAUGUUCCAUCUUCCAGAGGCACCUACCCCCUCUGUGUACUACCAAAUGCUUCUGGCAGACACAUGCGGAAGAGAUUGGGCGAAUGUGAGACGCGCACCUGACUCGGAAGAUAAAGUGACUUUUGCCAAAGUUCUAGGUACUGCUAUUCGGUUUUUCUACUCCAACUUCAAAUAUCUGGACUUUGAGCUUCGGGAGAGAUUUGUUCUCUGGAUGACUGCCCAACUCAGCAAUUUUGGUUUCGACUGGCAAUGGACAGAAUGGGUUGAUGAUCUCAAUACUUUGGACAAGCUAUUCUACCAUCCAACAAUUUAUCUGUUCCGAAACAUUAUCGGUAGAGAAAUACGACUCAGCACUCCUCGAACGAUUAAGGCCACUUUGCCCCCAGAAUUCCACCGGUUCUUGCGGCUCUCACUCUGGGAUAAGAGGCAAGUGAUCAACUUUGACAGCAAACUGUUCGGAACGAAGCUUGCAGAGUCUGCUUACGAGGCAAAUUAUGCGGCGGAGGAAAAUAUAGAGGCGAUCACUGAGGAUGCAGGAAAUGCCGAAAUCUACCAUAUUGUGGACCAGUAUCUGUUCAACAACGAGGAGCAUCCGUACCACGAGCUCUGUCACAGUAUUUACACCAACAUUCAGGAAGGAGAGUCGUUGCAACAAUUCAACGAUUUGAUUGUGCUCCUAAAAGAACAAAUAGCCAAAGAAUCUUCUGAACAUCCAGGAGCGGAAGAGUAUCUUAUCGGAAACAUUGACUGCUACAUUGUGACACUCGUGAUCCAAUCCACAUGUAUCAUAGGUUCGCGUUCGCUAUCCGUGGUGGAAAGUGGUGCUUUGGAGCUUUGUGGUGCAAAGCUACGCAAGGUGCUUGGUCUUCCCGCAGCAGAAGGAGAACAUGAGGAUUUGGAAAAUGACCAGUUCCCACUACUUAAGGCGGAAGAAGUGGCCGAACGUCAAAAAUGGCUGAUUGACGGCGUUCUUCGUCUGUGGAAUAACGAACCAAGAAUUGGCUACCUGAUCUUGGAAAGAAUCAAAAAUAAGGGAUUUAUUUCUGCUACGCAGCUGGUGGACUCGUUUUUCGCUAACAAUGAGAGCUUGACUAUGAUUAGCCAGGUUUAUGCUAGUGAGCUUUUCGACCGGAUGGUGACAAGUUCUGCAUCAGAGGCCGAGGCAAAAGAUUUGUUACAGACCUUUUACAGCAAGAUCAUCGAGCAUAUCGACCUUUUGAUCGAAAAGCUGGGCGACGACCGCGAGGAAAUGAUCUUAGGCACGGUGGAGACAGAGGAAAGCGCAGAUCAAGACACAGAAUUACGCUGGGGUCUGCACGGGUGCUUUGAAAUAAUGCGCUCAAAAGCACGCAAAUUCGCUAGCCUAACUAAUUUCGAACAGCUUGGCGACAAGAUUGAAGGCGGAGUGCGGUCUGAGGUGGCUAGAAAAUAUGUUGCGGCAAUUGUUAACGGCAUUUGCACAUCGGCCUACUAG